AUGAGCAGCACUGAUCGCAAGGAGCUCAAGAUCUCUGAAAUCGCUGUUUUUGCUCUUAUUUUAGAUUUUAUUGAAGAAAGUGAGGAGAAUAAAGAAUUGAGUCAAGAUGAAGAGAAACAUCAUGUCAAAACUGGAGAAAAACCUUUGAGUUGCUCUCAAACCAAACAGAAUGAUUUAAAGAAAAGAAGAGUCAAGAAAUCUUUCACCUGCACUCAGUGUGGAAAGAGUUUGACAAGCAAAUAUGGUCUUGAUGUUCACAUGAGAGUUCACACUGGAGAGAAACCAUUCACUUGUGAUCAGUGUGGGAAGAGUUUCACACAAUCGUUAAGCCUUAAGGUACACAUGAACAUCCACACUGGAGUGAAACCUUAUAAGUGUUCACACUGUGACAAGAGAUUCAGUCGGUCAGGACACCUGAAGAAACACAAGGUAGUCCACACUAGAGAGAAACCGCACACAUGUGAUCAGUGCGGGACAAGUUUCACACAAAAAGGAAGCCUUAUGAUACAUAUGAGAAUUCAUACAGGAGAGAAACCGUUCACAUGUAAUCAGUGUGGAAAGAGUUUUGCAUACUUAGCAAACCUUAAGGUACACAUGAACAUCCACACUGGAGAGAAACCUUAUAAGUGUUCACACUGUGACAAGAGAUUCAGUCAGUCAUCACAUCUGAAAACACACCAGAGGAUCCACACUGGAGAGAAACCGUACACCUGUAAUCAGUGCGGGAAGAAUUUUGCACGGAAAGGAAUCCUUAUGACACAUAUGAAAGUUCAUACAGGAGAGAAACUGUACACAUGUAAUCAAUGUGGAAAGAGUUUGAAAUGCAAAUAUAGUCUUGAGCUUCACAUGAGAGUUCACACUGGAGAGAAACCGUACACCUGCGAUCAGUGUGGGAAGAGUUUCUCACAAUCAGCCAGCCUUAAGAAACACAUGAACAUCCACACUGGAGAAAAACUGUACUCAUGCAAUCAAUGUGAUGAAACAUUUUUGAGGGCUUCAGUCCUAAAGAAACACUUGAGAGUUCAUUCAAAUGAGAAGCCACAUUCAUGUUAUUUGUGUGGAAAGAGUUUUUCACGUUUUUCAAUUUUGAAAGUGGAAGAGUACAUGUGCUUUGAUUGUGAAAAGACUUUUACUUCAGCGACCUGUACAAAACUGCAUGAGAGGAUUCACACUGGAGAGAAACCUUACAAGUGUUUACACUGUGACAAGAGAUUCAGUCGGUCAUCAAAUCUGAAAACACAUGAGAUGAUUCACACUGGAGAAAAACCUUACAAGUGUUCACACUGUGACAAGAUAUUCAAUAGGUCAGGAGACCUGGAAACACAUGAAAGGAUCCACACUGGAGAGAAACCUUAUAAGUGUUCACACUGUGACAAGAGAUUCAGUCAGUCAGCACAUCUUAAAAUACAUGAAAUGAUCCACACUGGAGAGAAACCUUUUAAGUGUUCACACUGUGACAAGAGAUUUAGUCAUUCAUCAAAUCUGAAAACACAUGAAAUGAUCCACACUGGAGAGAAACCUUUUAAGUGUUCACACUGUGACAAGAGAUUCAGUCAGUCAGCAAACCUGAAGAAACAUGAGAGGAUCCACACUGGAGAGAAACCUUAUAAGUGUUCACACUGUGACAAGAUAUUCAGUAGGUCAGGAGACCUGGAAACACAUGAGAAGGUACACACUGGAGUGAAAGCUUAUAAGUGUUCACACUGUGACAAGAGAUUCAGUCAGUCAGCACAUCUUAAAAUACAUGAGAGGAUCCACAAUGGAGUGAAACCUUAUACGUGUUCACACUGUGACAAGAGAUUUAGUCAUUCAUCAAAUCUGAAAACACAUGAAAUGAUCCACACUGGAGAGAAACCUUUUAAGUGUUCACACUGUGACAAGAGAUUCAGUCGGUCAACACUUCUGAAAACACAUGAGAGGAUCCACACUGGAGAGAAACCUUACAAGUGUUCACACUGUGACAAGAUAUUCAAUAGGUCAGGAGACCUGGAAACACACGAGAAGGCACACACUGGAGUGAAACCUUAUAAGUGUUCACACUGUGACAAGAUAUUCAGUAGGUCAGGAGACCUGGAAACACACGAUAGGAUCCACACUGGAGAGAAACCGUAUCACUGCACUGCAUGUGGGAAGCGUUUCAAUCGUUCAUCUGCUCUACACAGUCAUACAAAUAACAAUCACAGUAAGGCUCCGUACACACAGAGACGCAUUUAGCUGUAUACAUAAACAUUUUGUAUCAUAUCGGCAUUUCGUCCAGAUGGAUCCAGUGUUUUGGGAGUUUUUUUAAACUGGGUGGAUAAAUCUGAAAAUGACACUUUUGCACUAUGAUUUCAUCACCCCGCGUCUAGACACUAGUCAGACACCGCUACGUCAUGUAACAACAACAAAGGCGGACUACAUGCUUGUGUUUAUGCAGCAGAAGCUACUGAGCCCAUUAGCUUUACUUACUUUACUAGUUUUUCUUGUUAUUGUGUUGGGUUUUGUAUACAAGGUUUAUGCACAUGCUCCAAGUCGUCUUCUCCAUUUUUAGUGUAUCUCUGUGACAGAAUUACAGCACCACAUACUGGUCUGGCAUGAAUAAUCAUUUUGAGUCAGUUUCAGUGGUUAUGUGUGUAUGCAGAAAUUUCUUGAGACAACGCCAUGUUUACGGAAGAACAAGAAAAUAAAAGAUUAGAUAGGGAAAGCUCUGACUUAGUGUAAAUGAGCCCUAAGUGGCAGUAGUGGCUCUAGGAUUUUUUUGUUGGGUGUGCUGAGGAGGGGCUUAAAGGGGUCCUAUAAUGCUUUUUCACUUUUUCAACUUAAGUUAGUCUGUAAUGUUGCUGUUUGAGCAUAAAAAAGAUCUGCAAAGUUGCAAAGCUCAAAGUCCAAUUCAAAAGGAG